AUGAGGAGUCACGACGCAUACUCGCCUCCCGGGCUUCCUUCCUGUGGGGGUGCACUUGCCGCCACUCGUCCCCUCCCGCUCCCUUCACCGGCUACUCCGUCCUCUUCUACUUUUGUUGCUUCUCGGUCUUCUCAGCGACCGAAGAAGACUGUGACUUGCCACUAUUGUGGCAAUGUGGGACACUUUGAGCGUGAUCGCCCGGAAGAAGCGACUGAGGCCUUCCCCGCAUGCCUUCAUCACCGACUCCUCCACUCCUUCCCACACCUCCUUCUCAGACGCACUCAAAGAUCGACCUCCACCUGUCUCUCUCUCUCCCCGCCGAUCGCCAGCCAGCCUAUUGGUGAUGCUUCGUCUGGGUUCAAAGAAUCAGAUCCCGGGCGACAUCUCUCAUCGGGUCGUGCACGUUCGCUCGUGUUACUCCACCCACCUGUAGUUCCCUCGCCCUCUUUGGCUUCUCGACUGCGUGCUAGCUUUCACAUGACACAUGAUGCCACUCAUCUUCACCAUUCUCAUCCUUCUUCCCUUCAUACUCGUGUUCAGCAUUGUCGAUGGCACACUUUUACCCUGCCUCUUCCACUCGGUCAUCUCUCCACUAGUGCUUCUCCGUCCCUUCAGAUCUCAUGUCCCUCAUCUAUCCAUGAACCUUAUGUCUCGUUAGUCAACUCAUCGAUUAUGACUGCUCGGUCAUUUUUGACCGGACCUCAUGUCGUGUGCGAGGAUCACAAAGUGGAGCGUUCCCUUCCUUCUCAUGCUACUCCGAUUACAUGCCACUGGAUUUACUGGGGUGAAGACUCGUUCGAUGGGUCUCUCGAGCGCUAUAAAGGCGCGCUUGGUUGCUCAGUGGUUUCCAGCGAGGAGCAUGGUCGUGACUAUGAGGAGACCUUUGCCCCUCGUAGCUCACAUGCAUCUGUGACGUACGUUGAUUGCUCUGUGCGAGCGCUGAGAGUGGACCCUACAUCGACUGAUGUGAAGAAUGCGUUUCUUCAUGGUGACUUAAAGGAGGAAGUUUAUAUGACUCCUCCCCGGUCUUGCAUCGCAGCUAUCUCUGGUAAUCGCAUCUCGUGGUCCUGCUCUAUUCACGACAUUCCACUUUUUCACUCUGAGGCCUAUUCCGAUGCUACUUGGGCUAGUUCCUCGAUGAUCGUUUUCUCUGCACAUCUGGUUACUCCAUCAUUAGCCAAGUCCAGUGCUGAGGCUGAGGUUCGUGCUUUAGCUUCUACUGCUCAGAGGUACUUUUGGCUUCGCUCGAUCCCUACGAGGACUUUGGGAUCUAUCGCACCUCCCCUAUUCCUCUUCAACGUGAUAGCAUCGGGGGCCCUUCGGAUCGUCGCUGACCCGGUCAAGCAUGAGUCGACCAAACACAUUGGAGUGGAUGCCCAUUUCACUCGAUGUCAUAGGGAUACAAUUCAAGCUGCCUCGGAUUUUGCACACCGAAAUCAACUCCCAGAUUACCUGCAGGAUCAGAUGCUAGCUCACUUAUGCUUGAAAUUCAGAACAGAUUCAGAAGGCCUUCAACAGCAAGAGACUCUUGAUGCCCUCCCUAAAGCCAUCCGGUCCAGCAUCACCCAUCACCUCUUUUACUCCACUGUCCAGAAGGUCUACCUGUUCCAUGGUGUUUCAAGUGAUCUGCUUUUCCAGCUGGUUUCGGAAAAUGAAAGCUCGAAUAUUUUUCCACCUAGGGAAGAUGUUAUCUUGCAGAACGAAGCUCCAACGGAUUUCUAUAUUGUAGUGACUGGUUCUGUGGACCUCAUAGACUACAAGAAUGGCAGUUCUCAGAUUGUUCGAGAGGCUGCGACAGGCGAUCUUGUGGGAGAGAUUGGAGUGCUCUGUUAUAGGCCCCAGUUAUUCACAGUCCGUACGAAAAGAUUAUCUCAACUAUUGCGUAUCAAUCGAACUACUUUCCUCAAUAUUGUUCAGGCAAAUAUCUGUGAUGGGACAAUCAUUAUGAACAAUCUUCUUCAGCAUCUAAAGGAGCAAAAAGAUCCUGUAAUGGAGGCAGUCUUCAGAGAGAUAGAAAAAGUUCUUGCUCGGGGAAGAUUAGACUUGCCUCUAACACUAUGUUUUGCUGCAAUCCGAGGAGAUGAUCUGCUAUUGCAGCAACUUCUAAGACGUGGACUGGAUCCAAAUGAAUCAGAUAAUAAUGGUCGCACACCACUACACAUUGCAGCGUCAAAAGGAAGCAUGGAGUGUGUUUUGCUGCUUCUGGAUUAUGGAGCAGACCUAACUGCAAAGGUAAUCAAUUCGGAUGGAUGCGUUCCUAUAUGGGAUGCAAUACUCUCGAAACAUGAAGAAGUGGUCAGGAUUCUAGCUGACAAUGGUGCUGAUAUCUUAUCUGGUAACAUGGGUCACUAUGCAUGCAUGGCUGCCCAACAGAACAGCUUAGAGAUCCUGGAGGCAAUUGUUCGAUACGGCGGAGAUGUAAAUAUCCCAAAGAUUGAUGGAACAACCGCACUUCACCUCGCCGUUUAUGCGAAGGAAACCCAAGUUGUCAAAUUCCUCGUUGAUCAUGGAGCGGACAUUGACAAACCAGACAACCAUGGUUGGAGUCCAAGAGAGCUUGCUGACCAACAAAGCCAUGAAGAGAUCAAAGCUCUCUUCAAAGAGAAAUCACAACGCUCAGACAAAUCAACAUUGAUGACCAACUCUGUCUCACCACCUUGGAGGUUCAGUCCCCAACCUUCAGUUAAGAUACUCUCCCAGGAAUCUCAGAUGUUUCCAUUAGAGAAAGGGACUGUUGGGAAAGUCCAUCAAAGGAGAAAGGCAAGCUUCCAUAACUCCCUGUUUGGGAUAAUGUCUGCCGUUCAUGCGGUAGACUCACAUCCACACCAACAGCAUCAUCACAACACUCCUUUAAGAGUGACUAUCAGCUGCCCAGAGAGAGGUGACAUUUCUAGUAAGCUUGUGCUGCUCCCAGCCACACUUGAAGAGCUCUUUUAUAUUGGUUCACAGAAGUUUGGUUUCUCUCCUGCCAAAGUUCUCACAAAGGAUGGUGCUGAGAUUGAAGACAUUAAUCUAAUUAGAGAUGGUGAUCAUCUGAUUCUUGUCCCUGAUUCUUGGAACGGUCAUGACUAUAAUUAA